AUUGUUAUUAUUUUGAAGUGCAGUGUAUAGCAAGCGAUCUCUGAUAUCAUUCAAAUGGUUAAAGUCUGCAAGCCCUUCAUGGAACAUUAACCAAAAACCCUCGGAAAUGUGCAGGGAAGCCUCUUGACCUAUUUUCCUCCGAAAAUGAAAGGUGGCAGAAACAAAGACGGCCGCGUUUAACUGCAGACAAACUCUAAGGCAUUUAUCAUUAUCCGAAAUUAAGGGUGGCUCAACCCCUCUGCAAAUAACACCACUUGCGUUGAAAAAACGAAAAUAAUCUUUUUUGAAAAGGUUUAAACCCAUAUGGCAACCGGAUCUGUGAAGAAAAGGCAAUAUUUAUGUUGGUAGUUUCAAACGCGGCCGGAUCAGCUGUGAGUGAUUCUUGCUGUGAGAGAGAGAGAGGACUCGGAGGAGGCGCCCCUGCUCAGGAGGACAGAAUCUGCUUCACCCAUCCCUUUGAACUCAUCCAGCAGCUCUCAACCACCUCUCAUCCACCAAGGAGCCGCCCACCAAUCACAACCAUGUCUGCCGGGUGCUGUGGGACCAAGAAACCCAAGCUUAAUGGAGGCCCACAGGUGAAAAGAUCUCAGGUCGACGAUGUGUGUCCACGGCAUAAUUACACUAUAUCCAGUCAACAAGAUAAUCGGGUGGUAUGUAUCUCUUAGAAAUACAUUUACGGGCAUCACUCAUCACAUACAAAACUGACAGCAUU